AUGUUGAAGAAACUAUGUGCACUUCUGAUACUUUUGAGUUGUGCUGACUGUGAAGAAUCAAUGUUUUUCGUACCUGAUCCGCCGAAUUUCCGUAACGUCUUCAUGCGAAUGAUAGAUUCUAAUGAGUAUUGCUCGUUCACGGCAUUCGCUCGCGAUCCUGUAAUGGAAGUGGCGUUUUCAGACAGAUUUCCAAAUUGCACAUCAAUUGCACAAGUGCGCAUUUUCAUGCACGCCUUCGCUCCAGAGGUUAUCCUAUCCCGGAUUGAAAAUUUCCAAUAUAUGUAUGAUGUCGAGUUGUAUAUCGAAAAUGUGAGAGUGAAAAAGCUCGAUUUCUCAUGGCUCCAAAAAAUGACCAAUGUCCAUUUGGUGAUCGCGCACAAUAAGUGGCUGGAGGAGAUUUCCAUUCCCCCAAAAGCAUUGAAGAACGGAAAAGGGAAUGUUAUCGAAAUUUACGACAAUCCAUUAUUGAAAAUUGAUGAUUCCUCUCUACCCGAAAAUGGUAAACCGCAUCAGAACACAUAUUUCACUUAUACUGAUGUUAUGAAUCGAUUCGUCGGAUUUUGGUGUCAAUACAAGUCGGGCACCUCUUAUACGGCUACCUACUUUGAUCCGGAUCCGGACUUGAUCAAAUGCCAGUAUCUCUACGACGUCAGAAUCUAUUUUUCGAAUUGGAAUACCGACGAGAUCCAUAAUUUUUUAUCGAACUUGCGAGCGGUUACCAUGGUGACGAUGAUCAUCCAUCGUCCCAAGCUUGAAUCGAUCGACAUGACCCAGCUGCGUAUCGCCGAAAACUUUGAAAUCCACAUUGUGGAAAAUGAACAAUUGGUCAACGUUUACUUUUCCGAAGAGCUGAUGAGAACGCCGAAGUACGCGGCGUCGAUAAGUUUGCCGCAUCUUCUCGACGCGCUCAUCUCAAUCAUCACAAUUUUAGAGAUUUUCUCCUCGAACAACAAUAAGUUGUCAACGGAAACGUACCAGGCGUUUCAACGGAUUUGCUAUUCGAAAUGUGAAAUAUUUAAAGAGUAUGGUUUCGUUCAUCAGACGGAACAAUCGACGACGGUAACGACACGGGCGAGUGUUGUGUGCACGUCGACGCCAUCGACGACAACGACCACGAGGAAGCCGACGAAUACCAGCGAGGAGGAGUCCGAGAUGAACAGGAUCGCGAUGCACUCACGUCUUGUUUCAAUUCUUCAAAUCCCACCACUUCUGUUGAUCAUCAUUUUUCUCGAUUUCAAAUAA